GCUACUGAACUGUAAUUACAGGUUUGUGGUUGUAUGAACAAGUUCGAUUAAUGCAUCACAGAGUAUCUAAGGAGGUGGAAUCCUGAGAGGAACAGGAAGUGAUGUGUGACUCCCUUCUGCAGCACCUAAGGACAGUUUUGCAGUGAAUGAUCCAGGGUUUCCUGUCUGUGUGGUUUUGGCCGUGGAAAGACCUGUGGAUCCAGAUGGAAGCAUGGAAAGCUUGCUUAAAGCACCCAAGGAACUGUAAGCGCAGCUUCGCUGCAUCAUAGUGCAUACCAGUGACAUUUUGUAUAUUACAGUACAUUGCUAGAGACAUACUUCGCUGGGCUUGGAACUGCAUACAGGGAAGCCUCGUGUAAAGAGAAGGACACAUUACCUGUGGAUUACAAAUAGUAUUGCGCAAUACUUAAGGGUGCACCCCAAAGACAAAGACCGGAAAGAAACAUUUAGGGGCAGCCAGGCUGCUUCGCGGACUGUGGGGGAAUAUUUAGCAGGAGCUAGUUUUAGGUUAGGCAGUAUUACUGUUACUGUGUGAUUUAUACCUUGUUAUCUGACUGUUUAUACAUGCCCAGCUAUUUAUCGUUUAUUAUUGUUCAGUAAACUUCACUGCUGGGUAAGAACCGUUGUCUGUGUCUGUGUGGCAUCGUGUACCCUCUGAAUCUGUGAGCCCACCCCUCGCUCCCGCUUUCAGUUGGCGCUGCGAGCAGGGUACAUUGAUCGCCAUGCAGAACCCAGCCGGUCAUGAGGCCGCUCCUGCCAUAGCCCCCAUUGCCCCUCCUGCCAUGGGAGUAGCUCCGACCAUGUGUUUGCCCGCAGGAGCAAUACUGAACCAGCUAGUACGGUUUGACGGCCAGAACAUGCUGCUAGAAGACUGGGCCACUUACCUUAAAAGUACCCUUAGGUUGUACAAUUUGACUCCUGAUCUGCAAUCCGAUGUGGCGCUGAACGCCCUGGAAGGGGAUGCGAGACGCACUGUAAUGCUACGCCCAGAGGAGGAGAGGAAGACUCUGGAGGCCAUACUCUCAAUUCUUGAGCCUAUCUACGGAGAAACGGCCGGUACUGGCAGCCUUAGGUCUCGCUUAUUCACUCGCUUCCAGCUUGAAGAUGAGACUAUCCCCCAGUUUGCGAAUGCUCUUCAAGUGAUAUGGGCACACAUACAGAGAAGAGAGGCCAAUGGCACUAAUGUUCUUGGAACUGGAGACCAAAUCCUUCGGGACCAGUUUGUUCUGGGAUUGCGCAGUCCUCCCCUCCGCCAGAUCCUCAGGGAACGUAUCCUGGUGGAUGCUACGCUGCAAUUUCACAAGGUACAGGCUGAAGCGGUGGCCAGAGACAAGGAGGAGGCCUAUGGGGCUUACACCGUGAGGAUGCAGGCUGUAAGAAGUCCAAGAACUCUUUCUGAGGAAGGGGAGCUGCAAGAGACAGUGAAGGCACUCAGUGCAUCCCUGGGGGAAAUCCAGAAGCAGUUGGCACAGUUGCAAGUUUCAGCAAUGGCCCCAGUCCAGCCGGAUUACUGGCAGAGGAGUGCCGCCCCAAUGGGUCCCCCUCGAUAUCCCGCGGCUACAGAGGCCAGAGUGAGAAGUUCCCCCAGGCACUGGGCUGACCGGACAACACCUGAAGAGGCGCAGUCGUGGGGCCCUCCCAGGAACCGGAGAACUAUGGGCCCACAGUGUUGGGUUUGUCAAGAAAGAGGACAUAUCUCCCGUCAAUGCCCGCAAAGGGGGCCUACAUCCAGAACAGCCGCCGUUAAACGGGAAUCCCUCGCGGUAGUGGGGCACACCGCGGGGGAAGCCAGGUGCCAAGCUAUUCCUAACGACCCCCGGGACCUGGUGGCCGAAAGCCCCUACCUAACAGUGCAAAUUGAAGAACAGAUGGUGGGAUGUCUUAUAGACACAGGGUCAGAAGUUACCACCAUGCCAGUGGAGUUCUUCGAAAAGCACUUCGGACACCUGUUGAAACCUCACAAGGGUACUGUGAUUAAGCUGACGGCGGUAAAUCAGACUGCUAUACCAGUGUUCGGAGUGGCUUGGAUGCGGAUGAAGCUAUGUGGACAGGUCAUCGGCAGGAAGGGAGUGGUACUGGUAGAGAAUCCCGCUCGGUGUGGAGCUCCCGUGGUAUUGGGGAUGAAUGUCCUGAGAGGGCUAGAUCAGCUCCUGUUUACAAAGGAGGGACCGGGCUACUGGAAGAAAAUGACUUCCCACAAGCCUACCCAGAGGAUAUUCCAGAGGCUGAUCCGGACCUGCGGUAUCUGCAAAAGCACCCCUGAAGAUAAGCCAGUGGGAGCAGUGUAUGCCCCAUAUGGAAGAGCCUGUAUCGUACCCCCGCGACAGGAAAAGAUUAUACGAAUGCCUGUCGGAGGCUGGCGGAAAUUGAAUGGGAUAGGAGUGCAAGUAGAGCCACUGGGUGUGUCAGAAGCUGGACGGAGCCCAGUGAUUGCCAGAACCAUUGUGACAGUAAUGGACGGUCAUGUGGUAGUCCGGUGUGUCAACAUACACGACCAUGAAGUUACCUUUCAUGCUGGAGAGAAAGUGGCUGAGCUACAUGUUCUGCAAGGAGUACCACUCACAGGUAGACAAUUCGCCCUAUGGUCAGUUGAAAAUGAUAUCUGGACCCUGGCAGUGGACCAGAACUCAGUGGAAGAGCCCACGCCUGAAUGGAAUGGCAGGCGGAUCUUGGAGCAAAUGAAGAUCGACGCCGACCAAUUCACCGCCGACCAGUUGGAGAAGAUCGAAGCUGUAGUAUGGGAGUUUCAAUCCACUUUUUCCCGGUGUGAAGAGGACUUUGGCUGUACCACAGUUAUAGAACAUGAAAUACCGACUGGGGAUAUUCCUCCAAUUCGAGAAAGGUACCGGCAGAUUCCGCCCACUCUCUACCAAGAGGUGAAGACAAUGCUGUCUCAGAUGUUAGGUAGUGGAGUAGUCAAAGAGAGCCAGAGUCCAUGGGCGGCGCCAGUGGUCUUGGUGCGGAAGAAGGAUGGGUCCUUGAGGUUUUGCGUGGACUAUAGAAAGUUAAACGCUGCCACAGUAAAGGACGCUUUUCCCCUGCCAAGGAUUGAAGAGUCCCUGACGGCACUACAGAGGGCCAAGUAUUUCUCAACCUUGGACUUGGCAAGUGGCUACUGGCAAGUACCUAUGGCAGAAAAGGAUAGACAGAAGACAGCCUUUAUCUUACCUAUGGGGUUGUAUGAGUUCAACAGAAUGCCUGUCGGACUAACAAAUGCUCCGGGUACAUUUCAACGCCUAAUGGAACACUGCCUGGGUGAACUGAACUUUGAGUCAAUUCUGAUCUACCUGGAUGACAUAAUAGUCCAUGCUCCGACGUUUGAAGAACAUUUGAGAAGAUUGCGGCAAGUGUUUAGUAGACUCCGUGCCCAUGGUCUCAAGAUCAAACCGAGGAAGUGUCAUCUCUUUCAAACAAGCUUAGAGUAUCUGGGACACGUUGUAUCAGCUGAGGGAGUUCGUCCUGCAGAGAGUAAGAUAGAGGCAGUGAGUAAGUGGCCACAGCCUAAGACACUUCGAGAAGUGAAGGCGUUUCUUGGACUGGCUGGAUAUUAUCGAAGAUUUAUAAAAGGCUUCGCAAAGAUCGCUGGACCACUACAUGAGCUCUUGAGAGGGACCGCCCAGGGUCCGAAGACACGACCCAUAUCGUGGGGGUUGUCGCAGCAGCAGGCUUUUGAUGAGUUGAAGAGAGCCCUGAUCAGUGCCCCCAUCCUGGCAUAUGCUCAGUAUGACAAACCAUUUAUGCUCUACACAGAUGGAAGUCUGCAUGGAUUAGGAGCGGUACUGGCCCAAGAACAAGACAGGCAAGAACGAGUCAUUGCAUAUGCUAGUCGCUCCCUACGGGACUCUGAGCGCAAUCCGGAAAAUUACAGCUCCUUCAAACUCGAGCUGUUGGCGUUGGUCUGGGCAAUGACUGAAAAGUUCUCGGGGUAUCUCACUGGAGCAAAGGUCCUAGUAAGGACAGACAAUAACCCCUUGGCUCACCUGCAGAAUGCAAAGCUGGGCGCCUUAGAACAGAGAUGGGUGGCAAGGCUGGCAAAGUUUGAUUAUACCAUCAAGUACCGUGCCGGUAAGGAGAACGCAAAUGCAGAUGCCCUGUCCAGAGUCACCUGGGAAGCCCCAACAGAUGAGGUGGAUGAAGAAGAUGAAGGGACUGAGACACCCGAUCUGGGCCGAGUGCCACGGCAGCCACCCGUAGCAAGCUCAAGUGGGGUGGCUACCCAUAACACGGUGUUGCUGGGAAAGACAGAGGAGGAAUGGGCUCAGGUGCAAGAUGAUGAUCUUGAAUUAAAGAAGAUCAAACAUUGGGUGAAGACAGGGAUAUGGCCCAAAAUGGAAGAGCGAAGUCGCUUGUCCUCAGAUGGAUGGAAGCUGUUGCAACAGUGGGAUCGGCUGCAAAUCCGAAAUAGAAUAAUGUACCGGAAGGUGUUUCUACCUACUGAUCUUGAGGAAAGGUGGCAGAUGGUGAUACCCAGUAACCUGGCUCGUAAAGUGGCCCUCGAAGGACAUGAGAAGGGUGCCCACUUUGGCAUGAAGAAGACAUACAAGUGGGUACAGAGAUUAGUGUACUGUCCGCAGUUGGAGCAGAUUGUCCGUGAAGUAUGUCAGAAGUGUCGAGCAUGUGAGCUGGCGAAACCUCCUGAACAGAGGGCACCAAGUCAAGUUAUUAAGACAUCGGCGCCACUGGAAAUCUUAAUGAUUGAUUAUAUCUUGAUUGGUCAGUCAGUGAGUGGACACCAAUAUUGCCUUGUGAUGACUGAUCACUUUACAAAGUUCGCUGUGGCGGUACCCACCCUUGACCAGACGGCAGGGUCAGCUGCCCGUGCAGUGUGUCAACACUUCAUACAGGUGUAUGGAUGUCCGAAGCGGAUUCAUUCCGACCAAGGAGCUUGCUUCCAAGGGAAGUUAAUGGAGCAGCUAUGUCGGUUGUAUGGGAUGGAGAAGUCAAGGACGACGCCAUAUCACCCACAGGGAAAUGGAGCCUGUGAAAGGUUCAACAGAACGCUUCUACAGAUGCUUCGCACUCUGGAGAAAGAAAAGAAGCUGCGCUGGCCCGAGUAUUUGCCUGAACUACUAUGGGCAUACAAUAAUCGUGUUCAUAACACUACCGGCUAUACUCCACAUAUGCUACUGUUUGGUCGCCCAGGACAGGAAGUUGCCGAAAUGAAUCUGGGUCCACUGUCGGAAGAGUCCCCUAGGACAGUUGACUCAUGGGUGCAGGAGCACCAGGACAAACUGAGAACUGUAUAUCGGCUGGUCAAUGAGAAGUUGCAACAACUAACCACUAGGGAUCACCAACCGGUGCAGACUGCACCCUUGACGCCGGGUGACCGAGUAUUGGUGCGUGCUAAACGGCCCACAGAUAAAUUGGAUGACCGCUGGGAACCACAACCAUAUAUUGUAAAGAGGCAGGUGUAUCCGGAAGGCCCAGUCUACGACUUACAAAAGGAAAACUCUAAUGGACCGAUUCGAAGAUUACAUCGCAACAUGCUCAGGCCCUGUCUCUCAGAGAGUUGCCCCACGACAGACAAUUCUGGAGAUGUUCAGCAGCGACCUUCGAAACCUCUGAGUCCAAGAGAUGUAGGAUGGUGUGUAAUUACUACAUUUCCUUCACAAACUAGUGAAUCACCCGCUCCCAAUGGGGCGGCAGCGGAGGCUACCCCUGAGAAUGCUCUACCACCCCGGGAGGAGCCAGGCCUUAUUCCUACACCAAGUACAGAAAACUUAGGCUUACGCAGGUCGGAGCGCUCCACGUCAGGUAUUCCCCCUCAGCGUUAUGCAGCAGAUGAGUUUAUUUGGUGAAGCUGUCGGGACGCCAAUGUUUUAGUGGGGUGGCAUGUAAGGGUAUGAAGCCAUGUUCUACAAUAUAUUUGUAUUUAAAUACCUGUACUAGUCAGUAGGUGGCAGCAAAGGAAAUGGAAUAAGUACAAUGCUGUGUAUAGUAAUGAAAGUUUAUAUUCAUUCACCUCUCAAAACGUGAAUAAGGCUAAUUUAGGGGAGUGAUCUGAACCCCACAAGUGUGCUACUGAACUGAAAUUACAGGUUUGUGGUUGUAUGAACAAGUUCGAUUAAUGCAUCACAGAGUAUCUAAGGAGGUGGAGUCCUGAGAGGAACAGGAAGUGAUGUGUGACUCCCUUCUGCAGCACCUAAGGACAGUUUUGCAGUGAAUGAUCCAGGGUUUCCUGUCUGUGUGGUUUUGGCCGUGGAAAGACCUGUGGAUCCAGAUGGAAGCAUGGAAAGCUUGCUUAAAGCACCCAAGGAACUGUAAGCGCAGCUUCGCUGCAUCAUAGUGCAUACCAGUGACAUUUUGUAUAUUACAGUACAUUGCUAGAGACAUACUUCGCUGGGCUUGGAACUGCAUACAGGAAAGCCUCGUGUAAAGAGAAGGACACAUUACCUGUGGAUUACAAAUAGUAUUGCGCAAUACUUAAGGGUGCACCCCAAAGACAAAGACCGGAAAGAAACAUUUAGGGGCAGCCAGGCUGCUUCGCGGACUGUGGGGGAAUAUUUAGCAGGAGCUAGUUUUAGGUUAGGCAGUAUUACUGUUACUGUGUGAUUUAUACCUUGUUAUCUGACUGUUUAUACAUGCCCAGCUAUUUAUCGUUUAUUAUUGUUCAGUAAACUUCACUGCUGGGUAA